AUGGAGUUCGAUCCCAAGACCCCUCAAUAUCUCACAUCCGAUAAGUCGAGCUUCGCCUCGGUCUCGGCCAACGAGCGCUGGCCUGUCAUCCUCACUGGCGCCAUAGAUGAUCUACACCGCACUGUUGUCGGUGUCGAUAACGAUGAGAAGGCCAAUGAGGGCAAGAGCAUUAUUGCCAACUUGGCCAAGUUGAAGUAUGAGCUCCAGCACGACCGACAAUUAACUCCCUUGGAUGACGACGGACACCCAGAUAUCGCCUCGUAUAACAAGGAGCUGGAGGAGCGUGGAAACCCGCACUGGCACGAUGUGCCCUGGCUUUACGCAGAAUGUUACCUCUACCGUCGCAUGGAAACCCUCUUCGCGCUUUCCAAGCACUGGAAGGGCUACGACGUGUUCGCCCGCCAGAAGAUGGAUACAUUCAAAUCUUCUCGUCCCGCUGUGCUAGAGCUAGCUGCAAGAUACCGUGAACUGGCUCUUGAGGCCGAGUCGGGCAAAGGAAGGGACGGCAAGUCAACAGAGGAGAUUGAGCAGGCAGAGAAGCUUCUCUUCUCAGAAAUGUGCGAGAUCUGCUUGUGGGGCAAUGCCACUGACCUUUCACUUCUGACGUCUCUCACAUACGAGGAUAUCCAAAAGCUGCAGGGAUCUGAGGCGCGCAAAGCGUCACAGAAGAAUAUCCUCGUCAACGACCUCGACGCCGCGUUCGAGGCAAUGCAGAAGGCGCGCAAGGAGAAGAAGGACGGCGAGCGCCGCGUAGACAUUGUUCUAGACAAUUCUGGGUUCGAGUUAUUUGUCGAUCUCAUCCUCGGUGGUUACUUGCUGUCCUCCGGAUUGGCGACCAGCGUCGUGCUCCACCCCAAGCGUCUGCCUUGGUUUGUGUCAGACGUUACACCGAAGGACUUCUCCGACCUGCUCAAUUGCAUGGUCGAUCCGCAGGCAUUCUAUACAGCGGCCGAUGAUACCGGCAAGACAUUCCCUCCUCUUUCCGAGAAGGAGGUUUCCGACGUGCAAUUCCUCUUCGAGCAGUGGAGCCAGUUCCACCAGGAUGGUAAGCUGAUUCUGCGCCCGCACGCAUUCUGGACUACCCAAGGCGGCUACUGGCGGAUGCCACACGUUGCGCCGGAGCUGUUUGAGGAUCUGAAGGAGAGCGAGCUUGUAUUGUUCAAGGGUGACUUGAACUACCGGAAGUUGGUCAACGAUGCCGAGUGGGAUCCCACCACUCCUUUCACCGAAGCCAUUGGCCCCCUCGGCCCGAAGUCCGGUAUUCGUGUUCUAGCCUUCCGUACUUGCAAGGCUGAUACCGUCGUCGGUCUCCCGGCUGGCGAGGAUGAGAAACUUCGUGCACUGCCUGGAGGUGGUGGCUCUGAGUCUCGCAAGUGGGCCUGGAGUGGAAAGUGGGCUGUUGUAUCACUUUCUGACGGCAAGGCCUGA